GUCCCGGUACUUCGGGCAGCUUGACCCAACUGGCGAGCUGAGACGGCACACAGCGCUGUUAGCCGGGCGGGAGCUGCGCUGCCUGAGGCGGCUCUCAGCGCCCGGAGCUGGGAUGCGGCCGUUCCGGAGCUGUCAGUGGGGAUCCGGUGCGGCAAUGUUUCAGUGGGAACGGGCGGAACAACCUGCUUAACGCAACGACCCGGUGUCUGGGCUCAGCAGGGCUUCCCUUGCGCUGGGCGAUAACCGCUCCUUCGGGAGCGCUCCGUUAGCGGAGGAUGCCGGCAGCCGCGCAGCUGGAGCCCUCGGGUCCCUCGCUCGGAACGCGCAGCCUUUGGGUGCCGAAGCACAGGGCGACGCGCGGCACGGCGCCCACCCGCCGCCCUGCACAGCAGCCCCGCGCGUCCAGCAAAGCCGUGUGCUUUCCUCGGAGCAGUUCCACAGGCAGCGAGGCGCUCCCCCAGUUACAAACCUUGGUGUGACCCUCCUGCCCAUCCGGUACGCACAGGCAGCGGGGGUGCGGGGCUGUGGGUGCGGGGUUGUGGGUGCGGGCGCGGCCGCAGCUUGGUGCUGCUCCAGGGGGCUGUCCGGCAGCGGUUCCCGUUUCCCCUAAGGCUGCCUCUCAUUAGCAUGAAUCGGGGGAAGGGCGUAGAAGACUCCGCUUCAUUUUGAGGUUGGGAAAAAAAAAAAAAAAAAAAAAAAAAAACUUGACUUCAAAAUGACAACCGAAGUGCUCUGGCUCCUCUGCUUUGUCAUUAGAUCAUCUUGCGGCUCGGCGGUCGGAGCCUUGCCCCGUGCUGAGAAAGCCAGCCAGACUCUCAGCAAAGAUGUGUAUAAUUCAGCAGAUGCUGCGCCUGGCCAAGUCAAACUGCCAUCCUGGGACGCCACUGGAGAGAAUCCCACCGAACACCGGCUUCUGCCUCCCACCAACCUGCAGCACCCAAAACCUCCUGAAGUCAUCUCCCCCUCUUCAGACAAAAAGAAACGAACCAAGCCUUCUACAGAAAACAGCACAGGGCUGAGGAAGCACCUCCUGCAGUACGGAGGGACCCUGCCUCUGGAACCUGCAACCGAGGGGCCUCCUCCCACCUCCUUUGACUUGAAUCACGCUAACAGAAAGCAGGCGGACAGGCGGCUGGCUGAGGCCGCUAACAGCGUGUCAGCUCAUUUCCAGCACGCAGCAUCUUCCUAUCAAAAGAUCACAUCCUUACUGGGGACAGUAGAGUCAGAUGAUUCUAACGUGCUGGAUCACUUCAACCGACCAGGCAAGAUAAACCCCUACAAAAGCAUUGAACUGUUGAAAAUGAUCAGCAAACCCUCCUGGGUCACCAACCGCCAGCUGCCCGGCCUGCCGUACCCUUUCAGCGUGCUGAAGAAAGGUGCUGAUAUGGAGAAAGCAUGUCUGACCGAGUGCAGGAAAGAGAGAGAUGAAGUGGAGGCCUACUGCACAAGUGAAUUUGCAGUGAAUGGAAUUGUUUAUAACAUGGAAAGACUGGGGAGUGGAGUCCACUUGAUUACACUUCUGGUAAACAGUGAUGGACUAUACAAGAUGAGCCGCCUGUAUAUCACUCCUGAUGGCUUCUUCUUCCGAGUUCACAUUCUAGUUGUGGAUUCUUUCAACUGCAGCAAACCAUGUCCAGACUUCAAACUUGGCAGCAGAUACAUUGUGAUGGGUCAGAUCUACCACAAGAGAAGACAGAUCCCCGCAAACCUGGUGCAGUUCCUGCGUGGGCAACUGAGGCCAGGGGACGGCUUGCUUGCAAGCAGCAGCAGCUAUGUGAAGAGAUUCAACAGGAAAAGGAACCGCAAAGUGCAAGGGGCUCACACUAAAUGUAGAUAAGGCUUCAGUAAGCUCCUCCUAUAAUGCAGGCAGCAGCAGAAUUCACCUAACAGAAUAAACGUGAUGAUUUAGCAACGGUAGGAGGUAGUUCUACUGAUGGCUGAAAUUGGCUGUGGUAGGACACUUGCUUUUGUGCUGUAGCAAACACUAGCUGAAUGUUCUGACUAGCUACCUAUAUAUUGUGAAACAGAGCACAAAAGUCCAUCUACAGUAACUGGUCAUAACCUUGCUCUAGCUGUUUUCAGAGCCAGAGGCUACUGCCUCCUCUGCUAUAAUGUACCCCUAAUAAUCUGUAGUGAUUGUAAAGUGAAAUUCUGAAGACACGGUUCUUAGGUACACAAGACGUAACCGCACUUCCAAGCCCUUCACCUCAAACUAACCUUGGAGGAGGUCAAAUCUAUAGAGGAUGUCAAUUGUGUUUUCACUCAGCUCUAAGUAUUAUACACAUUUGAUGCAAAAGAAACCAACAGAACUAAGUAUCUUUCAUAUUAUUUUGGUUUCCUCAAAUACACUUCUUUAAACAGAAUUGCAUUUUCAUAUAAAGCUUAUGAAAUAGUGUAUUCAUAUACUUGAAUAAUUAAUAGCUAACUGAAAGGAAAUCAAGUAACUACACAACCCAAAUGCCCAAUUAGGCUUACAAAUGAUGGCAGAAUUUCAUGCCAAGGAAUGCAAAAUGAGUGUGCAAUUGCAAGCAUAUUUUGUAUGCCUGACUACACCGUCAGUUCCUUAAAAGUUCAGCUCUAGAACUGUGUACUGAAUGUUAUCUUCCCAUGAGAAUUACUAAAUUUGCACUUGCACAUCAGUAGAGUUAUUCUGAAUCAAAAGAUACAACCUUUUGUACCAUGAAGGGGUGGAGAUUUAAGAAUUUAAUUAUACAAACAUUCUGCAAAGGGGAUCUCUUAAUGUUUACUACUCCGAGAGUCAGUAUUCACAAAUUCUAAGUCUUUACAAUAAAUUAAUAAAGUGUUCACAAGGG